GCAUUUAGAUAUUUCUCAAAUCAAUCCUGAGGAUGGAGUCUUUGCAAAUCCUAAUACAAUCUUAUCUGAUAUUGUAAAUGGUUUGCCUCAAUUAACUUCUUUAGAUAUUAGUGGCACAAAUUUAGCAGGAAUCGAAAUUGUAAAUCGUGCAAUACAAACAGUUGAACAUUCUUUUUAUUCUGACAUGUACAAUAAUCUGUGUGAUAUACCAGGUCUUAUUUCAAGAGUAGAUAGACCUUUACAAUUUUUAGGAUUAUAUGGAGCAAAUGAUGCACCUUGUAGACGUCGUAAUAUUCCAGCAAAAUUGAUUGCAGGAAAUGCAAAUGAAGAUCAAAUAUUAGUUGCCGCUCAUGUUUAUAUGAAUAAUAAAGAAGAUUUAAUGUUAAAAGUAAUAAGUGAUUUAUAUCAAAUCUAUAGAUAUGAAAAUUGUCACAGAAUGGAUCAAGCACUUUGUGCAGUAUUAGAAGCAAUGGAAAAAUAUCCUACUCAAAAAGAUAUACAAAUAUCUGGAAGUGCAGCACUUUUUUAUAUCGUAAAAAUGAAAGAAAAAGGUGAAUUAGAAGCAAGAUUGAAAAAAAGAAUUGUCCGUACACUUCUCAUUGGAAUGAGUAUUCAUAAAAAUGAAGAAACUAUGAUGCGCAAUGGUUGUCUAACAUUAUAUCAAUUCCGAUUACCGCAAGAUGUGAUGUCACAUUAUGAAACAUUGGUCAAACUACUUUUGCAUUUAGCUAAUAAUGCGCAACAAGAAAGUUAUGUUCAACGUAUUGGAAUAUUUCUUUUAAAUACAUUGGCAUGUCAAGUAACAGGUAGAGAAAAACGUUUAUUAGGCAAUCUAGGUUGUAUAAAAACAAUGCUUGAACUAAUCAAAUACAGAGUUGAAUCCAGAACAUUUGAUGAUGUUAUGGAAGUAGCUUGGUCAACUAUGUGGAAUGUGACUGAUGAAACUCCUAUAAAUUGUCAACGAUUUUUUGAAGAAAAUGGCAUGCCGCUAUUUUAUAGAUGUGUUAUGCAAUAUUCUCGUAAAGAAGAAUUAUUGAAAAAUAUGAUGGGAUUACUUGGUAAUGUAGCUGAAGUACAAAGUCUUAGAGUGCAUCUAAUGCAACUGCCAUAUAUGGUUGUUUUUACAAAUUUAAUUCGUAAUGUUAGAGAAAGUAUUGAGGUACCAUAUAAUGCAGUUGGUAUAUUAGCUCAUAUAGCAUCUGAUGGUGUUGAAGCAUGGACAAUAGAAAAACCUAGUCGAGAUGUAGUUCUUGAACUUAUGGUUGAAGCUAUCGAACGAUGGGAUAUAUCAUCAGAACGUAAUAUUAAUUAUCGCUCAUUUCUGCCAUUAUUACGUUUAGUAGAUAUAUAUCAUACACCACAAUGUCAACAUUGGGCAGUUUGGGCUCUUGCUAAUCUCACCACUGUUUAUCCUCAUAAAUAUUGUAUAUUAGUUAUACGAGAAGGAGGCCUUGAAAAAUUGAAUACCUUAAUCUCAGAUGCAAGACCAUAUGAGCGUAUAAAAGAACUUGCCCACAUUGUAAUUGAAAAUUGUAGUCAUUAUAGUAGCAACUCCAAUGAUAUGAAUGUUCAUUCGCCAUUAGAUGAAGACUAUAUAUAUAGUUCAGAUGGUUAAAAUUCAAUUUUUAUUACUAUAAUUCAAAUAGCAUAAAAGUAGAAUGUUUUACGUCUGUAAUAAAAAAUUUUCUAAAAAAAAAAAGAGUGUGAGUAAGAUUAUAAAAAUAUAUUAAAAUAUUUGUAUGUUGAUUUGCCAAAUUGUAAAUUUAAAAUUGAGUACUCAGACAAUCUUACUCGCACUUUUAUUACAUGAACAUUUCAUUGCAUAUUUUAUUUAUUACAUGUACAAAAUAUAUUUGGACUAUUCGUGCAAAUAUAUUAUUAAUGAUAUUAAAAAGAAAGUAGUAAUUAGUUUAAUAAAAAUAUUUUUGAUGUAAUAAUCUCUAUAACACUGUCCAAAUUCAAAUACAUUUUUGAUUUAUGUAAAUAACCAUGCUGUAUUAUAAAUAAGAUCAAACUAAAUUUAGACUGAAGUAAUUUCUUGAAAUAAUGAAUGCUGAUUUAAACUUAUAUUAAGUUUCUUAUACUUGUGUGAAUUCUUUGUAGAUAUUUGUAUCAUAAAUAAGUUUUCAGUUGCCAUUAAAUUUGUUUCAUGAAAAAGAUUUAAAAUAAAAAUAAAUCUAUGCAUUAGAUUAUUAUGUAAAUAAAACUGAAAUAAGAUGAAUUAGAUUUACAAAUUUGUACAUCUCUAUUACCAGAAUUAAAAUUUUUUGAAAUAAUAA